AUGAGUACGGCCUACACCAACGUGAAUGGGAUCUCUGUGCCCAAAGAGCCCGACAGGACUCUGAACGUUGUUCAGACUAUGGUGAAGGUGCUCAAGGAUAUCGAGAACAAGUUCGACCAGUUCGUCGCGGCACACGACGAACUCGACGGCAAAUCUAAGGUGACAGCCAGAGUCUUCCGAAAGCUGAUCGACCUGCACUAUAGCCGCGUGAAUAGCCACUGCACGAACCUCUCGCAGGUGCUCCAGCACGCAUCGCUCGAGCAGCCGCUUCUUGGCGCCAAGGACCAGGCGCUGAGAGAUGAUUUGCAGGCCAUCUCGAGCCAUGGUGCACCUUUAGAGCGGCAGUACCAGCAGCUCCUGACGAAGAUUGGCCAGACGGUGCGCUGCUCAUCUCGCAUCGACUGGAGGAGACAGCCCAAGGAUGAUGUCGAUCACCACACGUGGCUACAGCGGAAACUACGCGAACUUGGUGGUGGUAGCCCAGACUUGACGGGGAUCGCGCGAGAAGUACGGUCGGUGCACGAUAUCCUCGGCAGGGAGGCCAAGAAGGUCCCGGCUAUACGUCAGAAAACCACCAAAUCAGUUGGCAGCCCCCCAACGGCAGGUGGACUAUCGCCGUCGCCAUUGUUUCGCACCACGGCCGGUAAGGGCUGGCCGGUCGGACCGAAACCCGAAUUUACCAUCAAGAACCUCAUGAAGGACCAUGACUCCGAAUGGGAGGCAGUCGAGCCAUCGGCGCAUUCCAGCCGUAAGCGAAAGCAUAUCAAGAGAGCCACUAGAGUUCGGCCCCGGAAGAGGGCCAAGAAGGCAGCCAAGGCCGGCGACUGGCAUGGCAAAGAUAGCGAAAAGCUCUAUGUCAACAAGAAACUCAACGACAUUAUAGCGGAGUACGAGAAGUAUCUCAGAGAGAACCCAGAGUGUUGCAAUGACCAGAAAGGCCAUUUUAAUAAGAUGGAAGGGUUCUUGGAUCAAGCCCUCAAGUCUAUCGGUUUUGGGAAGCACAAGACUCACCUCACGGAGCUGAAGACGGUUGGGCCCGGGGCGGUCGAUGUGGGCUUCCUCGACUUUGAUUUCAGGCCUUCGAGCUCCCCGACCUUCUUGAAUGCCGCGGCACGUGCACAAAAAGAAGGCAAAUCGAUGCUGAACCUCAACUUCCCAGUUGGAGACCCCAAUGUUUUGCAUUAUGGGUUCAACUACUACAAGGAGAGUGUUCUGAAAGGUGGCUUGACCACCGACGAGAAGAGAAAUCUUUCAACUCCGGAUGUUGCUACCCCCAAAACCUCCGGUGGUGCGCCCGGGCCGGACGGCGGCGGAGUUGCUGGGUUUGAUGCCAAAAAGGCGGAAGCAACGAGACUGGUAGUGGCAGAGGAGAGGUAUUUUAAGUGGUCGAACCCAGCGGAACUCUGGGAGCAAAUCCAUAAAGAUUCCACCGUGCCCAAGUCUAAAGCACAGGUUCAAAGAUAUCCAGACGCCGACUGGCCCCUCAUGAACCCAGACGAUGAUCUGACAGACAAACCAAGGAAACACUAUCAAAAUCAACUGGGCACAAUAUACGAGCAUCAUAAAACGAGUCUCAACGACAUAAAAAACCAGGCGGAUGUACAGGAACUCAAGGACCAAGCACAACGCUUGGUCGGGGAUGUCGACAAACAGAUGUCUCGAGUGAAGCGCUGGCUUAGAGACGGCGAUGGCCAUUUCUUCCCCACAUAUUGCGAAGGAGAUAAAGAAGGAGAACCAACGCCUCGACUCGGCGAGAACCCGGCACCCGAACUCAAAGUCACAAGGUUUGACGGUUCGCACAAAGAGCAUUUCGCGAUUCUCUUCAAUGGCGUCUUCAAAAUCCGGAUCUGGCAAACGAUGCGGCUUGUCAUACUCAACAAACUAUACAAGUUGGGCGAAGCUAAACUGGUAGAGCUGGUGCGAGCUGAGAGAGACAAACUGGAAGGGUGGUGGUACCACGAAGAGGUCUGGGGGGAAUACGACGACAAUCGUCACAUUGCACUAAAGAAGUCAAAGAACUAUAAGAGACUUGUGAACCGCCACACCACACGCAAAAGAAUGCAGAAAUUAUGGAGUGAAAGAAUGAAGAGACUGGGAGAGGUCAUCGAGGAGCUGGAGGCGACCCCGGACAAGUUCGAUGCGGUAUUAAUACAGAACGAGGCAGCGGCGAAGGCAGCAGCGGAGAAGGCAGCGGCGGAGGCGGCAGCGGCAGAGGCGGCAAGAAGAGCUGAACUUCUCAAGGCAGGAGUUACAGCGUCGACAAAUGGUAAACCAUCAUCAGCACGCCCUAGUCCUCCUCCUCCUCCCCCUAGUAGCAGUCCGCCAUGCCUGCCAACUCCCCCAACUCCCCCAAGCGACGAUGAAUCUUCACCAGACGAUGAUGACGUUAGGCGUGACGGUUCUCCAGAUCCCGGUCCUGAUACCUCAGAUGGUGAAAACAGUGAUGGAAAUGAGGAUGGUACAAAGGGCCAAAGUGGUCCAGCCAAACCAUCAGAAACACUGAGGUUGCUAGCAGGUUUCAGGAGAGUGCGCGACUCGGCGCAGCAGAAAGCGAGCAGAGCCAAAGAGCGCAACGACAAAUUGGACGACGGCGACCCGGGUAACGAACAUCUGAUCCAGGCCAACAACCAGGUAAUAAUGUCGGCCAACCAGUCCAUUUGGGGCAUGGACUGCGAGAUCCAUGCAUUAGAGCAGGGUAGCGUCCCCGACGCGACCAAGAAACCCCAAUGGACGCCCCCGGAAGAUACCUACUACUGGAGAAACACCAAGCCGAUCCGGAAGAAGCAGGAUCCGCCCCUCGACAUCGUCAGCCUUGGCCCCGGCCCCAUCCCCGGCGAGCACCCGACACCCACGUCCACAAGGGUCCUAGUCGGUGCUCCGCCUGGCUUCGGCUAUGACCCCCCUAAGAAGCCUUCUGCCUUCACGCUCAGUGACAUCACAGGCGUUACGGGUACCUUUGGCACCUCGCCGGAACCGUCUCCUUCACCUACACGGCCGACUGAUGUUUGGAAGAAUCUUCUUAAAGAUCCACAGGGAUUUAGGCAGACUCUCUCAUCAACGGACAGGGCAGACGAGGUCAAGUGGAGAUACGCUUACGCCCAGAAACUGGAAAAGGAACUCAAGCUCGCAAAAAGUACCCAGGUUCCGGUUCCGGGGGUGAGAAACCAGAUGCUGGAUGACGCCCGCUUUUGGAACAAAAUAGACAUGUUAGAGCUCCGCGACAACAUGGGCGCGACAGAAUCAAGCAAGAAGAAGCCGAACCCGCUGCCGGCCAUCAGAGGGUGGGCUGGUGUCAAUGAUGACGCGAAGAACCUCAGCUACGACGAGUUCCUCAUUCGGAACCUGCGGGUUCUUCGUGAGAGUCUACCGAAGGGAGAGAAACUGAUCCCCGACGACGAGUGGGUGCGGAUCUUGGCGGCUGCGUCGUUGUAUUCGACCCGUUUGCAACAAGAUAGGCUUGAUGACUCCGACCCGUGGAGGACCGAGGCUGGGGCUGUAGGGGAGAUUCAACGGCUGCUGGACGUAGCCAACAAGGAUUAUCCCCUCACUAAUGCUGAGCAACGCCAAGGAAACAGAUUCGUUGUCAUUGGCGACGUGGCGCUUCACUUUCUAAAUCGUUACUCGCAGAACUACCUUAGACCUUUGCGCAUGCCCAAACGUCCAACCGGCCCAGUGGCCCCUGACUCCAAACCGACCACCGAAAAGACCACCAAGAAACCCCAACCAACAACGGGGCUAUCACAGGACAAGAACGGGGAUUGGUGGAGCACGAAUUGGACGCUCGCGCAGUUGGCAGACUUCGAUGCCUGGAAAGACUCGCUACAGGGCUCCGUAGGUAUUGUAUUCCUCCACGAUCGGUGGAUUUCAUCUUUCUGCAUCGCGUAUUUCGAGGCCAACAUAGCAGCCGGGAGGCCGGUGCACAAGAGUUUCGAAGAUGUGCUCAAGGAGAACUGGAAGACGACGUACGAAUGCUUCGAGAGCGAACGAGCAAAGGACAAAGGAGCACCCGAGCCGUAUAAAGCUGCCCGGGAUGAGUUCGUCAAGAAGAACAUCGCAGUCGCCACCAGUCGUUUAGGCAAAGACAUCUUGGAGGUGGUUAAGCCUCUUCGCUCCACGACGCCAGCGGACAGCACCGGCCCGCCGGCCAACCCUCUGGAGCAGCUGCUGGGCGAGGUGCGGUCACUAUAUGAUGAUGCAAUUUUCGCUAUCUACAGCGAGGCCAUCCAAGAACGCCAAGUGGAAUCCGAGGAGGAGCCCGAUGUCCGAACGGAGCUGGCUCCAUAUUUCGAGUAUUAUUGGGAGGCUACUAUCGAGCCUUUUGUAAAGAAGGCAUUUUACUCGAAAGAUCCUAAAGAAACCCAGGGUCUCCUCGGCAGGACAGGAAAAUAUUUUGCUAGCCAGACGCAAUUCAAAGAAGUGGACAGCCGGGUCAGAAUAGCCAGACUCAGAACAUCUCUGGAUAAACAGGCCACAGAGGAUGUACAGAAGACGUUCACCGGAGAUAAAACCAUCGGCGACGGUGCGCGGGGGUCUGCCGUGGAUAUCAUGGUGGACCUCAUCAUGAAAGACAUGGGGAAAGCAGUCGAGGACUUUGUUCGCGGACAAGGAGAUGACGUGCUAAAGGGAAAAGCCUUCGCGCAGACUUACGCGAAAGUGCUCGAGGACGUCAUGACCAAGCGUACGAAAAUUAUCAAGGACGAGCAGGACAAGCUCGCCGUGGACGCCAACCAACAGGCUGCCGAGAUCAAGAAACUCGAGGAGGAGCGCAAAAAGAAGGAGGCCGAAGCGCAACGCAAGGAGGAUGCCGAAAAGAAACAGUUCGAGCUCAACACGAGGAAAUAUGCCGAUAGACAAAUAACAGAUCAGAUCGGCAUUGCGGUCAAGAACAACGAGCUCCCGGUCUAUGUGCAGGCUCCCCUCCAGGGUGUCCUUACAUCAUACCUGGAGAGGUUUCUCAGCAACUAUACGGUCAGCCAAGGCACCGCCAACACCAACAGGGCGACCUACUACACGAUCGACGGAAGUAUACGCGUCGUCAUCCACGCCUUCGAGGAAGUGAAGAAGCGGGUGCAGAAGACCGUCGUCGACGGCAAACUGGGCGCCGCCGUGGCGGAGGCAAAGAAUAAAGACGUCCUACUGGCCGUCCUGAACAACUUCAUCUCCGACCAGCCCGUCUUAGAUCUGCCCACGGUCCAGUCCGACAUGGAAGACCACAUCGACUACGAGGUCAAGAAGACCAGCCGGGCGUGGCGGAAAGAGCAGAACAUCGCGAUCGAGUCCGAGGGCCAAAGCGAAAGCGAAGACGAUGACGCGGGCAUUCAGGGGUCCGACGGCUGGCCGGAUUUCAAGCAACUCUUCAACAGCUGGUACACGGCGAAGCUUGCCGAUGUUGUCCUUUCGCCGCUGCCUGUUCGGGAGCCUGCUGUGCAUCUUAAGAAACCGAUCCAUCCCGGGAAGGCGGGCUUCCCGUCGCCCCGUUGGAUUAUGGGCGACAAGGGCAAGUGGGUUGCCGAGCUGUAG